CAUGCAAAACAUAGAGAAAUUCGAUUCAAAAAUUAAAGAUUUAAAAAAUUCUUUACAAAGCAAUUCAAAAUCGACACAAUGGCCGCCAUGCCUUAAAAGUUAUUGUUGGAGUAAUUCUCAAAAGGCUAAAAGCAAAGGGACAAAAUUCAAUGAAAAGGCAAUUGGCAAAACUGAUCUAAGAUUGUUAAAGGAUAGAUUGGAAGAGGCUGGAAUUAAAUGUUGGAUGGACAUUGAACAAGUCAAUAGAGCUGGUUUAUUCCAAGAUAUUGCUCAGGGUUUAAAAAAAUCAAAAAAUAUGGUUGCUUGCGUGUCAGAUGAGUAUGUUGCCUCUAGAAAUUGUCAGAUGGAAUUUCGUUUUGCAGCCAUUACAUUGAGAUUGCCAAUUAUUCUUGCUAUUGCUGGAACUGGUAGAAAAUGGUUUCAAUCUGAAAUUGGGUAUGAUGUCUUUGCAAUAUCGAAGCGUUUCUCUUCCAGAUGUAGACACAAAUAUAGUGGAGGUUAUUAA